AUGACGCGCUUUCCAGAUAUCGACAGUUAUUUCUCAGAACUGCAAAGGUUUCAGUUUCAACCGACUUGUAAAAAAAAAUUCGAAGUUAUAACUCGUCCGUCUAAAGCUGAGAAUGUUCAAAUCCCAUGGCUUUCAGUAGCUAAUAAAACACUAUUUUUUGAACAAAACUCGAUUCAGGUUGAUCAAUUCGUACGACUGGAACCGAGCACAAACCGCGUCGAGCCUAUUUUCCAUGGAGGACGACCACAGCUACCUACCGUACCUCCAAGUGAUCCCUACAGUCAUUUCGAAAGAACAACGGAGCUUGAAGGUGGAAAGCUACGGGAGUCGGACUCGAAGAAGUCGCCUCAACGACGAGGUCUUCGACGAGAUGACGUGUCUCCAUCUGCACGUCCUCUACUGCGUCCACGUCGCCAACGACUUCGUCUCCGCCCACUCCACCCAGAUUCAGGCACUUGUUCAUCGGACUCGAUCAAAGACCGUCAAAGAUAUCGAAUCAAAACAUUCUGAAAAAAAGAAAAACUAUUAAGUUCAAAGAUAAAUGUGUAAGAAGUUCGAUAAGAUUUUGUUGAACUUUGGCACAGGCUUUUUGAAGUAUUAUGCCAAUUCAAGAAAAAAAAAAUUGAGCUGAUAUAGCCUGUGUACCACGACUUGGAAUUUCACCAAACGACAUUCCGCUGUGCCUUUGCGAAACUUGGUCGCGAAUUUUCUUUUUUUUUUAUUAAGGUACUCUACUUUCAUGUGCGUCCACAGUAAUAACAAUCAAUUGAAAGCGUGACCUAGAUUCGAAAGACGCUUCGCGAACGCACGCAGCGGAACAGCGGAAUGUCGUUCGCUGAAAUUUCAAGUCGUGUCACACAGACUAUAAAAAAAAGACGAAUGUAUCACAUCUUAUAAGGGAGAUCAUUUUACUUUGCGGUUGGGAAUUUCCUGAAAAUUUGUCCUAAUAUCCGUUGAAGUACCAAAUUAAGGCCUUGAAAGUCUCAAUCUGCACAACUUCCUAGUUUUCAAGAAAUAAGGACUCAAAGCCCCCCAAAAUGGCCUUUUUGACUGUUUGUGAAGGUUUUCUUUGACUUGAAGCCUUUAUUUCUCAAAAACUAGGGAGUUGUGCAGCUUGAGGCUUUAGGAGUUCUUUUUGAUACUUUUUGAUAUGACCUUCCUUGUUAGUGAUUUGUUUUGCAGAUAGUCCAGUUGUUCAACAAAGAGAUCCUGCAGAAACGAAAGGAGGAGAACUGGUUCAUGCCGAUUUUCUACCAGCUCUGCACGGACCUGCGGAUUCUGUCCAAAGAGGUCUCCCUCCUUUGUCCCUCCGGACGUCCGCAGCUUCCAGGCAGAAGACGUCUCGUCGCAGAACGACGACGGCGAGGCGAUGACGUCAUUCUACGAACAGGCCGCCAAUUGUCUUAUGGAAUGUUACAGAGCCUGUGUUUCCGACGUGUGAGUUCCCAUCGAUGCUUUUUUUAAGCCUUAGAGGAUCCAGAACUGGAUGGUUCCGCUAAAAUUCAAUCUGAAUCUUCGAACGAUAUGAACUUGUUCAUUUUGAAGUCGGUCUGUAAAAGUAAGUAUCAACACGACUAAUGAGGUCUGAUAACUUCUUGGGAUAACUUCGAUUCGGGAUUUUCUCAGGGAAGACGCGGAAACUUCGAUCUUUUUCAAAGACACGUUUUUUUCCUUCUAAUGUUUUUUUCAGCCGCACGGAAAUUCAUUCUUCGAAAAAAGUGGCCAUGCUCAACCUGACGAAUCAACUUUUCCGGAUAUAUUUCAAAGUGAGACUUCAUUUCGAGUGAAGGGAUUAUUUAUCUUAAAAGAUUGGAAAACCAGAGGCAAGAUAAAAUUAUAUUUUUUCUCACCUAUUUUGGUCUUUCAUUUGAAGAAGCGACAUGCGGAAAUUGUCGAAAAUUGCUUAAAAUGAAUCGGAGACAGAAAAUGGGGCUUAGACUUCAAACUUCUCGUCGAUUCUCACCUCAGUCCUACUAUCAGGAUAAUUUUCAAUGUGUGCAUUAUACUAAUUAAGAAAAAUGAUUUCUAAUGAGGCAGGGAAUGCUACGAUUUUUCUCAAAAGUGCUUCCAGAUCAACAAACUGAACCUUCUCAAGCCUCUGAUCCGUGCCAUCGAAAACUGCGGUCCUCUGUACCAGGAAUUCUCGAUGGCCGACAAAGUCACCUAUAACUACUACCUUGGUCGGAAAGCCAUGUUCGACGCAGACCUGCCUCUCGGUUUGCAGAUAGUUUUCAUUUUGAUUGCGAUCUUUAAACUUUUUAGCGGAAAAGUCUCUAAACUACGCGUUCCGAAAUUGCCCGCGCGACUGCAUGUCCAAUAAACGACGAGUUUUGAUCUACCUGAUCCCCGUGAAAAUGUUCCUCGGCCACAUGCCGACACACCGUUUGCUCCACGACUACAAGCUCGACGAAUUCGAAGAGGUCCAUUCCUUUUCCAGAAACCACGACUGAAUUUCUUCUCAGGUGGUGGAAGCAGUGAAGGACGGGAACUUGGGUCGUUUGGACAGAGCCCUCGAGCAGCACGAGAAGUUCUUCAUCAAGUCGGGAAUCUUCCUGAUGCUUGAGAAACUUCGAUCGAUCACCUUCAGAACGCUUUUCAAGAAAGUGUGGGUGGUCGGGGCGGACGCAUGUCUACUCAGCCUUCCUUUCAGAUGCUCCUUGCUCGGCGGCUCCAUUUUUCUGCUCGAAGUGUUUCUCUGCGCGUUGUCCUUCGCCCAGGUGAACGAUGUCGACGUUUGCGAACUCGAGUGUAUUAUGGCCAACCUCAUCGCCGAGGUUUCUUUUCCUUUCAGACCGGAAAGCAAAAAUAUAUAGCUUCGCUGUAUUAGCUAAGCAUCCAGAGAGUUGAGUACUUUUUGAAACCUUCAGAAAAAGAUCAAAGGGUACAUUUCCCACCAACACGGAAAGCUCGUCAUCAGCAAGAAACAAGAAGCGUUUCCGGCGCUUUCUUCGAUCUCAGCAGCAAUUUGA